UAAAUCGAUUCAUUCCAUAAUAGUUGUGCGAGGUUCGUUAGUGCACGGAAAUGUAUCAGCGCAAGUAAAUGGGGAAGGCAUAGAUUCUUCCGUCGAUAAAGUACACCGCCUACCCUGUUGGUGAUCGGUGUUUGUUGUACUGGGCAGUGGACAGAAUAGCAAAGCAAGCAGCGGAGUGAAAACGACGUAAAGAAGCGCUUCGAAGGACACGCAUAAACUUUACCGAGGUUCGCUUGUCUAGACGCGAGCGCAAUGAAGACGCUGGUGAUAGGACGUAACAAAUGAGAAGAAUAACGAUGGAAACGAAUCGAUCGAUCGGUGGGGCAAUGGAUCGUUCUGGCCCCACCAAAGGAAGUUAUGCGGUGCAGCAACAUAGUUUCUUCACCAGAUCCAACAGCGACAAUCGAACGCAGAACGUUGCACUGAAAGUGUUGAACCGGGAGCAUUCCGGGUUUUUGGCGACCGGAUUAAACAGACGGUCUCAUCAGGAAGCGUUCCAGGAAGUGCCCGAGCAUUUGCAGUUUUGCCUGAAGGAUAUUGUGCCGUACUGCUAUUUACACGGACAUGUUUUCAUGGGCCUUACAAGCUGCGGCCAGUUUCUGCUCAGUUACAAAGUAUAUUGCGAUCCCGAGGAAGGAUUUGCGAAUGGGUUUAACUUCAGUGCCACCAACAAAUAUGAGCUUUACUUUUGGAUCUACCGACCGCACGUGCCACUGAGUAAAUAUUUUCAUGUUUGCCUUUUUGAUGACCACCGGGUGGACGAGAUCCGUUCGGUUUCGUUCACGCAGUGGAAAACGGAGAGCCAACUGCUGAUCGCUCACGGUAGCUGCAUAAACGAUGAGUCCGAUUCCUACGUUACGAUGGUGCGCGUUCCGAAGCUCGGCUGUCUGGACUGCAAGCAGGUCCGGGAUGGGCACGAUGGCGACGAAGAACGACAGGAUAUACUGUGCAUUGGCUGCAACAUGACGAUUCACAUGAAAUACCGUAGCACCGAUUCGGGGCCGAGUUUCAAUCCAAACUUCAACCUCAACUGCCCCGGGUACGUUAUCAUGAAUGAGAACAGUUUCAUUCAUACGAUUCAAGUCGAAUUGGACACUAAGCGAUGUCAACAGAAGGGAAUGUCCGAAUCCAGGGUCGUUCUUAGCUCAAAGUAUUUGGGAAACUUAAGUAACGCAAAACAACAGCAUCUGGAAAACGACCGGAAAGAUAACCAAGGGAAGGAAAUAGAAUCGAUAGUUCUUAGCACAAAGCAGGCGUCGGAAGAUGAGACAGUUGUAAGUGCAAGAAAAUGUACCGACGCUGAUGGUUCGAGCAUAUCUCAGCAAGCGUUGCUCAACGCAGAGCUGAGCAUUGCGGAGCAAAUCAUAGCCGAUUUUGCAGAAUACGAGACUGAUAUUUUUGAAGCGAAAUGCUCCAUGCGAAGUUAUCCGGAUAAUUUUGACGAGCUAAUCAUAACCUCGCCAAGAACGCAGGAGUCUUCCUCCGAGUUGGUCGGAGCGGCCAAGGUGCGACUGAUAAACCAUCGAAAUAACACAAACAUAGAGCUAAGACUUGCGGGAGCCGUUGGUCCGUUGGCAGCGUCGAGUUCUUCGUCGUUACCCAGUGCGGCCCACGCCGGGCCAUCAUCAUUAUCGACUAAAUCAUACGUGACGCGUGUCGAUCUUCAAUCUGGUGACAGUAGUAGCAGCAGUCCCCAGACAUAUCUGGAUUCCGUGAACGCUAAUUAUUCUGCAACUGGCGCACAAUUGACGGCAAGUUCCUCCACGACAUCACCAGCACCGCCGCUGGUGUCGAGGGUGCCCUUAAGAAGGCGCUUUGUGCUUUCCGAAUCAUCUUAUGUUCCUAACGUUAGCCUUGGGCCGCUACAGCACUGUACGGUAAGCAGCUCCGAGAGCACUAACUUCCACGUAGGCGCCGGAUCGAGCAUCGAAGAGCCGGAGCCCGAUCCCGCGGCUAAAGCGUACGAGUUCUCGGAGGAUAACGAGCGAUGCGAAAAGAUCAGUGCAUUCCGAAAGCGCCGACUAGCGGACAAGAAGUACGAAUUUUCCGAAGAACAUACUAGCGAGGAAUACAUCGAACCGUUCAAUCGUUUGCGGAAUCAAAUCCGUGGCCGAGUGGCAGCCCCCGGGUACAGUCCAUCCCACCACCAUACGAGCUAUACGGACCACAUUCCGACGGCUCACCAUUUACACCGAGCCUCACCAAACCAUGGAUUCCGGUCACCGUGUGGUUCUCCUGUCGGCAAUCGAUACCUGCGUUCGCCUCCAGGCAUCCGUUCGCCCUCGUACUACCGGCAUCGGUCGCCCUCUUCGCAAAGUUCCAAUUCUGUUGGUAGCGCCGUCACUAUCUUUGGUAGUGGUGGUGGCGGCGGUGGUUCAGGUGGAAUGGGUAGUGUUCCGGGAAAGCAGCAUACACAACAGCAGCAGAUUCUCAAAAGACCCGCAGUACCGUUGGAUCCGCGCGACUACAUCCAAAGAUCGAGCGAAGGAAGUUCAGACAUUCCAAAGUUCUUUUUGGAUGCCAUUCAGAAGAUUAAUGAAAAGAAGCAACAACUUCACAGCGAUGCGGUGAAUAAUGAAAAUAACAUCAAUUGUGAUAACCAGCUCCCGGCAAAGCGAUCCAACGGUAGCAUCGAGCCAUCGACAAAACCGGCCUCCGAGCUUCCCACGUGCACGAAGAAAAUUGUGAAGAUUUACGUCGAAGAGGACGAUGCGAACUCGGUUGUCACGACGGAAGAGGAUGAUUGCAUCUCACCCGGAUACCACGCCUCUCUGCCGAUGGAGGUGCAUGGAUCGUGCUACUCGAAUAUGCAAAUUAUCUCACAGGCCUCAUACAACAAGCUUCACUGCCCAGCGGUCAUUGUCACGCAGAACUCGUUCGACAUGGAAAUGUUUUCCUUUCACGUGGCCAAUCACGUUUGCACGAAGGAAGGCAAGAAGUAUGGCAUUCUGUUGGACUCCGCGUACGAACUGACACACGUAUGCCCACUAACGGAAACGAUUACUUGCACUAUGGUGCUCCAGUUCACCGUGAACAACAUGGAGACCGGGGUAUCGAAGGUAGUGUGCAAGAACUGCUCCACCAUGACCGAGUGCCAGAAGCACCGUAUGAUUUACCAGUGCCGUUCGCUCUUCACUUGGAGCAUCACGACGGGCGAGUGGCGUGUGCUGGACUACGGGGCGCUCGUUGCCGGGCCUUUCCUGGAGAUGAAGAACCUUUGCUCGAACUACUCCAACCUGCUGAAGCAGUUGCGUAAGUUCACCAAGAAACUGUUUGCGAAGGGCAGUGGCGUCAACGAGGCGAACCGGACGUACGAAUUUUUGCACCAUCUGCGGGUACAUGAUUCGGACGUGAGCAAAACGAAGCAACGUUUGACUGAUCUGGAGAACAUGAUUGAAUUUUAUCGUCGCCAUCCGGGAGGAAGUGAUACCGGUUCCGAUUCGGACAGCUACGGUGAAGACGAGGAGGAGGAGGAGGAGGCAGAGGAGGACGAUGAUGAUGAUGACGAUGACGAUGACGACGAUGAUGAGGAUGGAAACGAUGGUGGUUCCAGUGCUACUGAUGAGAGUAUCGCUGUGAAUGGUAGCGUAUCCAUCGCAUCCGAUACUGUCAGUGAUGAGGACGAUCCGUAGUUGUCGGAACAUUGAUCUCUUGUGUCCCUUCACGCAUAUAUGCCCACCACUUUGAAGCCCUAUGUAGACGAACUACGAGUCAUCGGGUUAUUAUUAUUUCUUUGCGUUUCAUAUCAUAAGGCCCCCUCCAGUUUCUUGCUCUUAUAGGUUCAUUUUCUUCUCACUAUCCCUAAUACUACUACUGUUUUUUUUUUAUUUCAUCAGCCAUGUAGAUAGAAUCAUAGGAAUUCAUUAAAAAACUACUUUUUCAUAUUACCAUCGAUAUAGCGACUCCUCUAAGGCACGCUAAGCAUCGUGCCGCACUUUCGAUCUAUUCGUCAUUUCUUAAAUAACGGAAUGCCAUUGAACGAACAAGAGCUACACGUGUGUUGAAUAUAGGAAUUAGAAAGACAAAACAUUGCUAGAACGAAAAACGAAACCCAUACUCGCUGGGACGGAAACAAUAGAAGUUUGCGCCGUUUUGGAGGUUGUGAUUGAGCUACUUUCAUUUAACUCUUUUUAUCUAAAUGGAAAGCAUCAGAAUAAAAAAAAACUAA